UAUUGCCCUCUAUGAGGCCUUAAACACUCGAGACGUCGACGCCGUCCACAAAAUCCUUGCCCCCGACCUCGAAUGGUGGUUCCACUGUCCCCCGACUCAUCAGUUUUUGAUGCGCCUUCUCACCGGAGCUUCCUCCGACGAUUCUUUCCGUUUCGAGUUUGACCCUCUCUCGCUCACCACCUUCGGAUCCAUCGUCAUCGUCGAAGGCUGCGAUCAUAGCCGUUCAACCACCUGGGUUCACUCUUGGACCGUCACGGAUGGGAUAAUCAACCAAGUGAGGAAGUAUUUGAACACUUCUCUCACCGUCACUUUACUCGGGAACUCGACACAAUCUCCACCGUCCGAUUACAAUCCGUCACCGUCGUCAUCGACGGCCGAGAUUACCUCGCUGCAUUGUCCUUCCGUCUGGGAGAGCAGCUUUUCCAACAGGGUUGGGAAAUCCGUGCCGGGUCUAGUCCUGGCAAUUUAGUCAUUUCACGCUCUCUGAUCAGUUGCACCC